AACAAACGGCUACAAUCGCAACCCCCCCACCAACGCCAUGCCUCAGAACGAGUACAUUGAGCGCUGGACCAAACAGCAUGGUCGAAGGUUUGCUAUAGUGUCCCUCCUGCAAAAUCGGGAUCUAGUACUAACCAAACCCCCAUAGACUCGACCAUGAAGAGCGAACGUAAGGCUCCCACUAGCCCCCCGGCACUCAUCCCCAAUUACCAUACUAACCAAUCCCCUCAGACGUAAGCGCAUAGCCCGUGAGGGCCACAAGGCCUCUAAGAAUGCCCAAAAACUCCACGGCCUGCGCGCCAAACUCUACGCCAAAAAGCGCCACGCGGAGAAGAUACAGAUGAAGAAGACCAUCCGGCAACACGAGCAGCGGAACGUCAAAACCGAUGGCCCGUCCGAACCCUCGUCCAACCCAUUACCAGCCUACCUCCUCGACCGCACGCAGCCCAACACCGCUAAAGCGCUCUCCUCGCAAAUCAAGCAGAAGCGCGCGGAGAAGGCUGCCAAGUUCUCCGUGCCUUUGCCGAAAGUCCGGGGUAUCACUGAGGAGGAGAUGUUCAAGGUUGUUAAGACAGGAAAGAAGACGGCAAGGAAGGGGUGGAAGAGGGUCGUUACCAAGCCAACAUUUGUCGGGGCUGAUUUCACUAGAAGGCCCGUCAAGUACGAGAGGUUUAUUAGGCCUAUGGGGUUAAGGUAUAAGAAAGCGAAUGUUACGCAUCCGGAGUUGGGCGUUACGGUUCAAUUGCCUAUUCUUGCGGUUAAGAAGAAUCCGCAGAGUCCGAUGUACACACAGCUCGGCGUACUCACCAAGGGAACGAUUAUCGAGGUUAACGUCAGGUUUGUUCUUUUUACCCCCCCUUUGUUUUUAAUAUCAUUGAGCAGUGGUGGCUGAUAGUUUAAUAGUGAACUCGGUAUGGUCACCGCCGGUGGGAAGGUCGUUUGGGGUAGAUGGGCUCAGAUCACUAAUAACUGUGAGAACGAUGGGUGUGUAAAUGCGUAAGUUGUCCUGGCCCUCUUUCUUCAUGAUUCCCGGUUCCUGACGUGCUAAAAAAAACCCUAGUGUCUUGCUUGUUUAAUAGACAGGGAUCCGGGCUGGCAAUCUCGGGUUCGUUUUCAGUCGGCAAUGAAAAAUAAAAUUUAGUCCUGUCCUUGUUUUAUGUGUAUGAUAUAAUAUGCAACUAUGAUACUUCUGAAGGUUUUCUUUCACCAGAGACCGAACAUGUUCAAUUGAACUGAGAUCUGAUAAACGAGCAGGAAUUUCCAUAAGGGUGACUCCCCCUUUCGAGCCACCUCCCGAAGGGCAAGUGAGUCUUAGCAUUGUCAAUUAUAAAAGACCUCUUCCUUACCAAGUCCCCACUUUAUAUGUGAAGAAUAGGAGGCGUAGUUUCUUAAAGAAAAAGUAUUUGGCAAAAGGGUUUGAUUUUGGCUGAGUUAGAGUAAUCUCUUUAGGUGGAGUUGCAAAUUUGGGGUGUUGAGGAGUGUUGUGUUGUCGUGUCCCUUCGAUGCGUGGUUGUUUUUGACAAUGGACAAUAUUUUCAAUGAACCAACUAUCAUACCUGGAAGGA